ACUACAUGAAGUUGUACAGGAAGGCAAUCUGGAGUUGGUGAAGUUCUUGCUCCAAAACAAGGCCGAUUUCAACAGCAAAAAUGAUGAUGACAGAACACCUUUACAUAUUGCCUGCAGGGCCGGUUUGAAGGACAUUGUGAAUAUAUUGCUGAAAUAUGGUGCUAAUGUUAACUCACAAUCAAUGGCUCAGCAAACACCAUUGUAUGUAGCGUCUUGGAGAGGAAAAGAUGAAAUUGUCAAAAUACUGAUAGAAGCUGGGGCUGAUGUUAACAUACAUGACAAGGAUGGAUGGUUACCUAUUCAUUGGGCUUUGAGAUUACAGAAAGCAGAUAUGGUGGAAUAUCUUGUGAAAAAUGGAUCUCUCCUGGACAGACCUACAGGCCAGGCAAAGAGAUCACCUUUUAUAACAGCUGUGGUGGAAAAGAAAUACCAGAUUGCUCAGAUUCUUCUCAAACAUGGUGCUGACUGUACCUUAAAGCAAAAGGCAUGUGAAAUAAUUAAAUCUAUCUUGAAGGACAGUCAGAUGAAAGGAUCUAUGAAGUUAGAAGUUAUUCAGGUUUUGAUCAAAUGUGGGAUCAGUUGCUUUCAGUCUGAUCUAGUGCUCUGUCUUGCUAACAAAUUCACCAGUGAUGAUGAAAGGAAAACACUAUUGCUUGAUUUUGAGAAAAGGGACAAGUCUCUGACUGGAAUAUGUCGGUCAAGUUUAAGAGAACACCUGAGACUGUGUUGCAGGGGAAGAUCUAUUUAUAGCAGCGUACAACAGUUACCUAUUCCUCAAGUGCUAAAGGAGUAUAUAACCUUUGACAAAGACUUUAGAGUGUUCUGAAAUAAUUGCUUCUUUUGUUGAUAUUUGAUCAGUUUUUUACAUGUGAUUUCAAAGCACAUGUGUCUCGGUUGAAAUAGCAAACAUUUGUUGACCCUAAGACACUUCAGUUUAAGAUGUUUCAACCUUUCCACUUAGGCCUUAGAAGGACAUUUUGACCCUAACAGUAGAUGUACUGAAAAAAAAAGUCAGAUUACAUGUACAGAAGCCAGUUUCCACCAAAUAAUAGACGAAAAUUAUACACGAAUAUAGUAUCAGAUUUCUUACCGUUGUUUCUUUAAAAAGAAUUGAAAUAUACAGAACCUCUCUAAACCAGACAGCCUUGGGACCAAGGUUUUUGUGUGGUUUAGAGGGAUAUCUGGUUAAGAGGUGUUUUGCAAGUUGUUAAAAGUACAACUAUUCUAUAGAUGAAUUUACACAUGGCCCAAUCCUUAGCAAUGGAUGUAAAGUUUUGAGCAUGCGCACUUUACGUAAGGCAUAAAAAAUGACCACACAGUAUAAGCUAUGUUAAAGUGAUAUCACAUUUCAAUCUAUUUGAUCAAUAUGAAUCUGUAUUAUAAUAAAUUACCACUGCAUGAAAAAGGAAAAUAUAUGUAAAUCUUUGUACAUCUGCAACUGCCUUGCUCAAAAUGAGAUACUUCAACUAAUGUGUAUUUUAACUGAUGACUAGGGAUUCAUAAUGAACAUGCAAUACACUAUUUUUCAGCAAUAUUGAUCUUUCAUCUCGUCAAAUUUAGGUGGAAGAAAAAUGAGAAAUUGGUAUUUUCCAAUAUAUCAAUUUAAAAUGUUUCUAUUUGUAUGAACAUUUCUUAACAUCGAUGAUCUGACAGAGCUUACAACCUCUUGCAAUUAACUUACAUGUUAAUAUAAUUAAAAGUCGAACUUUAAAGGUUACUUAAGGUUGAUGAAGUAUGGAUUUCAAAAAUUCAAGAACUAAAGAUUUUUGACGGGGUUACAGAUUUAUUCAAACUGAUGAACCCCUCCCCCACACACACACCAAUAAAAUCCCCGCAGUCCUCCAUGCUAAAUUUAACAAACACGGACACAAUCCCUCCUUAUCCAACUAUACCUAAAUGGGGAUCAAUUCAUUCCAUAUUUAAACAGAUAAUUAUCAUCUUAAAAUUCACUGUAUCAGUUAACAGGCACUGCAGGUUUGACAUGUUUGACAGCUACGGUAAAUGUCUCUCGAAAAGAAAGUUGUGCUGACAGUCUACAAGAAAACAUUAACUAUGUUAAUGCAAGGAAAAGGAUGUAAGUUGUGGUUGUAUAUCAUGCUCUAUCACAUCAAACAAAACUUCUCUAAUUUGUCAAAUGCAGAAAAUAAUCCAAGUGGAAUCAAAAGCACAUCAGUCCAAAAAACUUCCACAGAUACAAGAUUCAACAGACCAUUGAAUUAUCCAGCAAAAGUUUCAACGCCUUUGAACUCUCAAUUUAGACCACCCUUGGAAAAGCAAAAUCACCAAAAUGAACUAAAAGCAGAUGAGACGUCUUUGAUUUUUUGUGCAUAAUGUCAGUGACAGUAAAAGAAGCGCCACAGAUGAUACAGUUCAGUCAGAACCUGAAAAUGAAGAUAUGCCUUUAGGCGAUACAUCCUCAGUUGAAAGCUUUGAACUUUGAGAAAAGGUGUAUAUUACAUAACACCAAAACUUGAAAUAAAAAGUUUAUUCUGGGUGAAAAAGUCCUCAACCCUUCCUAUCCAGCCAACAGAAACUGCUUCCAAAGGCAACAGACGGAGCCAGCUGGCCCCAAAUGUAACACCUGAUGACACCACAUCAGUAAAAAGUUACAAUUCUACAAAGGAAAAUAAGGUAUCAGAAAUGCUCUGCUGAAGACAAAAACCAAAUUCCAACGCAAACUUAUGAAAUACAUGUACCAACUACUGUUACCUGUGUUAUAGCGACACAAUGUGGUGAUAUAGUCAAACAUUGCAGAGAGUGCAUAAACAUAAAAGAAGAGUUGAAAUCUGAAAAUGAAAAACUGAAAACAUUCAACAGUCAAUUAACCAAACAACUUUAAGACAAUGGAAAACCUACACACAGUUGUUUAACUGGACAACUGCUCGUUCUUGAAGAAGAAUUGAAAAAACAACAAACAAACCAGUCAUUAAAACAAGAAAAUAAAAGAGGCUAUUUGGUUAGAACUAAAAUUUGGUAAACAAAAAACCUUUCAUUAUUGGAUAUAUUUACAGACCACAUUUAUCCUUAACUAUGUGGAAUGAUAAAAUUGAAGAUAUAUUAGAUAAGCUGUAGAUGGAAGAUGAGGAAAUCAUUCUUUUUGGAGACUUUAAUUGUAACUUUCAAAAUCAGUUUCUUCAAAACAAAAAUGGAAUGAUAUAAUUAAUACUUUUAAUUUAAACCAACUUGUCACAAAACCUACUAGAGUCACAAAAACAUCAUCAGCUAUUAUUGACCAUAUCUAUUCCAACCAGCGACAAAAUAUUCCUUCAAAGUUAAAACAGUCAAAAGUCACACGUAUUUACAGAAAAAUACAAAAAUCUGAUAAGAACAACUAUAGACCAAUCAUAUGUAAAAUCUUUGAGAAACAUGUUUCGAUUCAUCUCCGAUCUUAGAAUCUCACAAGUUGAUUUUCAAAAAGCAGUCUGGCUGGAGAACCUGCCUGUGCCUGGAAACAAUCCUAUCCCACGAAACAAUUCUUUAUAUUCGGUCAAUAUAGUCUAUUUCUCUAGAAUAGUAUGUGAUUCUUUGUCUAUUGCAUAGGUCAGCUUAAUUAGGACUAGGUCAACGGAUGUCUGGUAAAGCUGGAAAUUAACUGCCUACAACAUAGAAUAGGGUAUUCACUUGGUAGCUAGAUGUCAAAUUAACCUUCCCCUGAACUGGAAUGAGAUCAUUUAGUGUAAGACGAUAAUCUCUGACCGGAGGGUUUCAAAGGGCCCAUGAAACCAAGUUUCUGGAACAUUUUUUCAGGGAUAAGAUUCCAUUGGGACCCAGUUUCAACUUUAAAUUCUGAAGGGGUUUUAUGAACAGAAAUUUCAACAUUUGCGCAGUCGCAGUUGAGUUCUGUCACGGAAAGUUCAAACGGUUCCUUUUCAUUUUGCACUCUCUGACUUUAAAAGAUGUCUAUCAUAAAUGACAUUGCUCUUGGGUUUGCAGACCAACAAACUUCCACAGAUACAAGAUUCAACAGACCAUUGAAUUAUCCAGCAAAGGUUUCAACGCCUUUGAACUCUCAAUUUAGACCACCCUUGGAAAAGCAAAAUCACCAAAAUGAACUAAAAGCAGAUGAGACGUCUUUGAUUUUUUGUGCAUAAUGACAGUGACAGUAAAAGAAGCGCCACAGAUGAUACUCUCAAUUUAGACCACCCUUGGAAAAGCAAAAUUACCAAAAUGAACUAAAAGCAGAUGAGACGUCUUUGAUUUUUGUGCAUAAUGUCAGUGACAGUAAAAGAAGCAUCACGGAUGAUACAGUUCAGUCAGAACCUGAAAAUGAAGAUAUGCCUUUAGGCGAUACAUCCUCAGUUGAAAGCUUUGAACUUUGAGAAAAGGUGUAUAUUACAUAACACCAAAACCUGAAAUAAAAAGUUCAUUCUGGGUGAAAAAGUCCUCAACCCUUCCUAUCCAGCCAACAGAAACUGCUUCCAAAGGCAACAGAUGGAGCCAGCUGGCUCCAAAUGUAACUCCUGAUGACACCACAUCAGUAAAAAGUUACAAUUCUACAAAGGAAAAUAAGGUAUCAGAAAUGCUCUGCUGAAGACAAAAACCAAAUUCCAACGCAAACUUAUGAAAUACAUGUACCAACUACUGUUACCAUUAUCAUUUAGUGAACUUUCUUUGUGCUGGUUUGAGUCGUACCUGAAGAAUCAAACACAAUAUGUCCAAAUGAAUGAUAUUAAAUCUUCUUUAUCGUAUAUAAAAACUGGUGUUCCUCAAGGAUCUAUACUUGGCCACUUGUUCUUUUUGAUAUAUAUAAACGAUCUUCCAUUGGUUGUUAACUCAAACACUGACAUGUAUGCCAAUGAUUCUACAAUGCAUGUAAGCGACCAUAACGUAUCUGAUAUCGAAAGAAAAUUGCAAAUUGAUAUUAUCAAAGUUAAUAAUUGGUGCAUGUCUAACAAUAUGGCUCUCCAUCCAAAUAAGACAACCAGUAUGUUAAUUGGUACCAACAAGAAAUUAAAUAAAGUAAGAAACAUAAAUCUAACUCUAAAUGAUAACUGUGUUCAAAAUGUAUCAUGUCAAAAAUUGUUAGGUGUUUAUAUUGAUAAAAAUUUAAAUUGGGAUCAACAUGUAAAAAAGGUGUGUGAAAAACUGCCCUCUAAACUGUAUCUUUUUUACAGAAUAUCUAAAUGCUGACAUGAAGAAUAUGUUUUAUGACUCAUACAUUUUACCGAUUUUUGACUAUGCAUCCACUAUAUAGGGAAACUGCUCUAAAGGAAAUAUAGAAAAAAUCUUUAAAAUUCAAAAGAGGGCAGCUCGACUUAUAUUGAAAGUACCCUUCCAGACAUCAUCCAGUACUCUCUUUUGUGAACUUAAAUGGUUAACUUUUCCAAACAGGAUUAAAUACAAUAUUGGUGUUUUGGUUUAUAAAGCAUUAAAUAAACUUGCACCAUCUUAUAUUUGUGACACUAUUGGAAUUUGUGACAAUACAUACUAUAGCCUUCGUUCUAAUACGAAAUUUGAUCUACAGCACCUUCGACCUAAAACAAACUUUCUUAAACGUUCGUUUUCUUUUAUGGCUGUAGAAAUUUUGAAAGAUAUACCUUACUCAAUAAGAAAUGCUAGCUCAGUAAAUUCAUAUAAAUAUUUACUUAGAAACUUUCUUUUAAUCAAUACAGUGUAGAGUUAUGUUAUGUGACUGUUAACAUGUGUUUUUCUUCUUUACAAGUCUGCUCUAUGGAAUGACUGUGACAUUUUCAUUUGUAUGAGUAAAUGGUUUUGUGUUUGUUAGAGGGCCUCAUUGAAAAUAAGAUUUGUAUGUUAUGUAUGAAACUUAAUGAGUCUUACCCUCUUUAAAUAAAGAAUUUAUUAUUAUUAUUAUUAUUAUUACCUGUGUUAUAGCGACACAAUGUGGUGAUAUAGUCAAACAUUGCAGAGAGUGCCUAAACGUAAAAGAAGAGUUGAAAUCUGAAAAUGAAAAACUGAAAACAUUCAACAGUCAAUUAACCAAACAACUUUAAGACAAUGGAAAACCUACACACAGUUGUUUAACUGGACAUCUGCUCGUUCUUGAAGAAGAAAUGAAAAAACAACAAACAAACCAGUCAUUAAAACAAGAAAAUAAAAGAGGCUAUUUGGUUAGAACUAAAACUUGGUAAACAAAAAACCUUUCAUUAUUGGAUAUAUUUACAGACCACAUUUAUCCUUAACUAUGUGGAAUGAUAAAAUUGAAGAUAUAUUAGAUAAGCUGUAGAUGGAAGAUGAGGAAAUCAUUCUUUUUGGAGACUUUAAUUGUAACUUUCAAAAUCAGUUUCUUCAAAACAAAAAUGGAAUGAUAUAAUUAAUACUUUUAAUUUAAACCAACUUGUCACAAAACCUACUAGAGUCACAAAAACAUCAUCAGCUAUUAUUGACCAUAUCUAUUCCAACCAGCGACAAAAUAUUCCUUCAAAGUUAAAACAGUCAAAGGUCACACGUAUUUACAGAAAAAUACAAAAAUCUGAUAAGAACAACUAUAGACCAAUCAUAUGUAAAAUCUUUGAGAAACAUGUUUCGAUUCAUCUCCGAUCUUAGAAUCUCACAAGUUGAUUUUCAAAAAGCAGUCUGGCUGGAGAACCUGCCUGUGCCUGGAAACAAACCUAUCCCACGAAACAAUUCUUUAUAUUCGGUCAAUAUAGUCUAUUUCUCUAGAAUAGUAUGUGAUUCUUUGUCUAUUGCAUAGGUCAGCUUAAUUAGGACUAGGUCAACAGAUGUCUGGUAAAGCUGGAAAUUAACUGCCUACAACAUAGAAUAGGGUAUUCACUUGGUAGCUAGAUGUCAAAUUAACCUUCCCCUGAACUGGAAUGAGAUCAUUUAGUGUAAGACGAUAAUCUCUGACCGGAGGGUUUCAAAGGGCCCAUGAAACCAAGUUUCUGGAACAUUUUUUCAGGGAUAAGAUUCCAUUGGGACCCAGUUUCAACUUUAAAUUCUGAAGGGGUUUUAUGAACAGAAAUUUCAACAUUUGCGCAGUCGCAGUUGAGUUCUGUCACGGAAAGUUCAAACGGUUCCUUUUCAUUUUGCACUCUCUGACUUUAAAAGAUGUCUAUCAUAAAUGACAUUGCUCUUGGGUUUGCAGACCAACAAACUUCCACAGAUACAAGAUUCAACAGACCAUUGAAUUAUCCAGCAAAGGUUUCAACGCCUUUGAAGGGGUUUUAUGAACAGAAAUGUCAACAUUUGCACAGUCGGAACGAGAAAUAAAAUUUGUUACCGUCCAAAUUUGAAAAUCCAAACUUUCACUCGACAAGUCUGACUCCUUUGUUUCGUUCACUGUAUUUCCAGAUUUUCACAAAGUAUGAAAAUGUUUCACAUUUGUAGCACUUUUGUCCUUGUGCUGGACAUUCUUUAAAAUGAAAAUGUUUUUUGUGUCCACAACGCUCGCAUGUGGUCUUCUUUUCCCAUUUUUCUGAUGAUGAGAUUGUUUACAUCCUUUAUCUUCACCCUUUGAAUUCUGUCGGUCUCGACAUUGUUGAAUUGCGUCAACAGAUUGUGGUGGCUGACUUAGUUCAUAGGUAUGUGCAAUGUCUGUGCACCUUUCUAACGUUAGGUCUGAUCCAUGACCAGUUACUCUGAUUUUCCCAGACCUAACGCCAAAUUCAGUGUGAUCACGGAUUAAGUCCUGCUGAAUCCCUGUCGGAUAAUUGCAAUCUUUUAUUAACGUUUUUGAGUUCUGUCACGGAAAGUUCAAACGGUUCCUUUUCAUUUUGCACUCUCUGACUUUAAAAGAUAUCUAUUAUAAAUGACCAUGCUCUUGGGUUUGCAAUUUAUCGAACUUUUCCUAGUUUGCUUUUAGUUUCUUCUUUUCUGUGUUAAUAAGUUCCCAUGUGGAAUAACUUUGUCUUCCUUUUGAGCCAGCCCACAACAUCAAGUAGUUACAUUGCACUUCCUCUGAUUUGGUUGAUAAUGGGUCAUUGAACAUAAACUCUUAAGUGUUCUUUGAUUUAGCGUUUGAAUGCAUUGUUCUCUUGAUUCCCAAUCCAUUUUGGGGUUGCUUUAAUGAUUAUUGUCCAUUUUUAGCUCACCUGUCACAAAGUGACAAGGUGAGCUUUUGUGAUCGCGCGGUGUCCAUCGUCCGUCCGUGCGUCCGUAAACUUUUGCUUGUGACCACUCUAGAGAUCACAUUUUUCAUGGGAUCUUUAUGAAAGUUGGUCAGAAUGUUCAUCUUGAUGAUAUCUAGGUCAAGUUCGAAACUGGGUCACGUGCCUUCAAAAACUAGGUCAGUAGGUCUAAAAAUAGAAAAACCUUGUGACCUCUCUAGAGGCCAUAUAUUUCACAAGAUCUUCAUGAAAAUUGAUCAGAAUGUUCACCUUGAUGAUAUCUAAGCCAAGUUCGAAACAGGGUCACGUGCCGUCAAAAACUAGGUCAGUAGGUCUAAAAAUAGAAAAACCUUGUGACCUCUCUAGAGGCCAUAUAUUUUAAAGAUCUUCAUGAAAAUUGGUCAGAACGUUCACCUUGAUGAUAUCUAGGUCAGAUUCGAAACUGGGUCACGUGCCGUCAAAAACUAGGUCAGUAGGUCAAAUAAUAGAAAAACCUUGUGACCUCUCUAAAGGCCAUAUUUUUCAUGGGAUCUGUAUGAAAGUUGGUCUGAAUGUUCAUCUUGAUGAUAUCUAGGUCAAGUUCGAAAGUGGGUCACGUGUGGUCAAAAACUAGGUCAGUAGGUCUAAAAAUAGAAAAACCUUGUGACCUCUCUAGAGGUCAUAUAUUUUAAAGAUCUUCAUGAAAAUUGGUCAGAACGUUCACCUUGAUGAUAUCUAGGUCAAGUUUGAAACUAGGUCACGUGCCAUCAUAAUAUAGGACAGUAGGUCAAAUAAUAGAAAAACCUUGUGACCUCUUUAAAGGCCAUAUUUUUCAUGGGAUCUGUAUGAAAGUUGGUCUGAAUGUUCAUCUUGAUGAUAUCUAGGUCAAGUUCGAAACUGGGUCACGUGCGGUCAAAAACUAGGUCAGUAGGUCUAAAAAUAGAAAAACCUUGUGACCUCUCUAGAGGCCAUACUUGUGAAUGGAUCUCCAUAAAAAUUGGUCAGAAUGUUCACCUUGAUGAUAUCUAGGUCAAGUUUGAAACUGGGUCACGUGCCCUAAAAAACUAGGUCAGUAGGUCAAAUAAUAAAAAAACCUUGUGACCUCUCUAGAGGCCAUACUUUUCAUGGGAUCUGUAUGAAAGUUGGUCUGAAUGUUCAUCUUGAUGAUAUCUAGGUCAAGUUUGAAACUGGGUCAACUGCGGUCAAAAACUAGGUCAGUAGGUCUAAAAUUAUUAGAAUCUUUUGACCUCUCUAGAGGCCAUAUUUUUCAAUGGAUCUUCAUGAAAAUUGACCUGAGUAUUCACCUUGAUAAUAUCUAGGUCAGUUUCAAAACUGGGUCACGUGCGGUCAAAAACUAGGCCAGUAGGUAUAAAAAUAGAAAAACCUUGUGACCUCUCUAGAGGCCAUAUUUUUCAUGAGAUCUUCAUGAAAAUUAGUGAGAAUGUUCACCUUGAUGAUAUCUAGGUAAAAUUCAAAACAGAGUCACAUACCUUGGAAAACUAGGUCAAUAGGUCAAAUAAUAGAAAAACCUUAUGACCUCUCUAGAAACCAUAUUUUUCAAUGGAUCUUCAUGAAAAUUGGUCAGAAUUUUUAUCUUGAUAAUAUCUGGGUCAAGUUCAAAACUGGGUCACAUGAGCUCAAAAACUAGGUCACUAUGUCAAAUAAUAGAAAAAACGAUGUCAUACUCAAAACUGGGUCAUGUGGGAAGAGGUGAGCGAUUCAGGACCAUCAUGGUCCUCUUGUUUAUGUUUGUUCCAAAAGUUUAUUCCAAACUUAUAAUUUAAUUUAUUUUAUGCUAACUAAUGAAAUACUGUAGUCUAUCAUUUAAAAUUUUUUAUAUCUCAUCACUCAGACACUG